GAAAACUUCCUCGGACUGGCGUCUCCUCCCCGGAAGAAGCUCUUUAAAUAAAGGACUGUAGCUUCUGUGCUCAGUUCCGUGUGUUUGGUUCUAUACAACCAUUUUAACAAGUUUUACCGCAACUAUGUCGUCCGAAAAGAGCUUCGCCGCGGGAAGUCCUGCACCUGGUCCGGUGCCGAAAGAUCAGGUGCGUCUCUACAGCAUGAGAUUCUGCCCUUUUGCCCAAAGAACCAGAUUGGUGUUGCACGCCAAAGGGAUCAAGUUUGAAACCAUCAACAUCCAUUUGAAACAGAAACCUGACUGGUUCCUUGAGAAGAACCCUGACGGUCUUGUUCCUACAAUAGAAACACCUGCUGGUGAAGUGGUGAAUGAGUCUGUCAUCACCUCCGAGUUCCUGGAUGAAGUGUAUCCUGAGAAGAAGCUGCUUCCAGCAACUCCUUUUGGGAAAGCCCAACAAAAAAUGAUGCUGGAGCACUUUUCCAAGAUAACGCCACACCUCUUCAAGAUCUCAUCAGCAAGAAGAAAGGGUGAUGAUGUGUCAGGAUUAGAAGCUGAACUGAAGGAGAAGUUCACCAGUCUAAAUGAAUACUUGGUGAAAAGGAAGACAAAAUUCUUUGGUGGUGAUACCAUUACCUUCAUCGACUACAUGAUGUGGCCAUUCUUUGAGAGGCUUGGGAUGUUUGAAGUACAACACUGCCUGGACCACACACCUGAAUUGAAGAAGUGGACGGAGCUGAUGCUGGAGGACCCGGCUGUUAAAGUCACCAUGCACAGCACAGAGAAUCACAAAACCUUCUUCAACAGCUUCCUGAAUGGAAAACCUGACUAUGACUAUGGCCUGUAGAAAACAAAUAAUCAACGCUUCAUAGCAACAAGUCUACAUGUUUUCAAUUUCUGUCAUAUGGCUGUUUUUUUUUUUAUCUCUUUCUAUUGCAUUUUGUUUCUACUGGCCAUUUAAAAGGUAAUUUCAUGAAAGUGGGUGUUGGUUCAAAACUUCUUUCUAAAAUUAGACAUGUGCUAUCUAUGUCAAAAAUAAAAAUAAAAUAUAUUCCAUCAAAGAUA